UCUAAUCAACGACCUUCUCUCUGCCUCUGUAACUAAUCUCCAUAUAUCAAUGACCCUCUCUUCUUCUUCUUCUUCUUCAUUGAUCUCAUAACCCCUAAAGAGUUUUAAAUCAUGGCAACAACAAAGAAACUCUCUGCUCUCUUCUGCUUCUCUUCUCUCUUCUGCCUUUUCUUCACCAUUCACCAAGCUGUCUCUGAAUCCGAGCACAUGGAAACUUUCUGCAACAAAGCAUCCAGAAACACCACUAGCAAUAGCACAACUUACAACACAAAUCUCAAAACUCUUCUCUCCACUCUUAGUAACCAAUCAUCAUUCGCUAACUACUACAACCUCACGACCGGUCUAGCUUCAGACACAGUCCACGGAAUGUUCUUAUGCAUUGGAGAUGUCAACAGAACAAGCUGCAAUGCAUGCGUCAAGAAUGCAACAAUCGAGAUUGCCAAAAACUGUACUAACCAUCGAGAAGCAAUCAUUUACUACUUCUCUUGUAUGGUUCGAUACUCAGAUAAGUUUUUCCUCUCCACCUUAGAGACGAAGCCUAAUACCUUUUGGUCUUCAACCGAUCCAAUACCCAAAUCAUAUGGUAAAUUUGAGCAGAGGUUGUCUAACAAAAUGGGAGAAGUUAUUGUUAGAUCAUCUUUCCUAUCUUCUUCGUUUACGCCAUAUUAUCUUCAAGAUAUAACUAGGAUCGAUGACCAGUAUGAUCUUCAGUCUGUUGUCCAGUGUAGUCCUCAUUUGGAUCCUGGAAACUGCACCACAUGUCUGAAACUUGCGUUCCAAGAACUAACUCACUGCUGUGGUGAUCAGCUUUGGGCUUUCAUCUUCACCCCCAAAUGUUUAGUGAGUUUUGAUACCUCAAAUUCAUCACUGUUGCCGCUUCCACAGCCAAAUCACAGCGGUGCCUUCUCGAGUAGAGGAAAUAACAGAAUAUUUGCGGGAAUGGUUCUUGGUUCGGCCGCUUCGGUGUUUGCACUUUUUGGUUUAUAAUCAGAUUUAAAAUUACAAUAUUGAGAAAAAGGCUUGGUUCAAGUUUCGAUUUGAAUUUUUGCUAAGAGCAAAACAAUAACUAUUGUUUCCGCUAAUUAUGCUUCAUGAUUAUGUUUUAUUGUCCUCUUUUAACGUGGUUGUACAUUCAGUUGUUGUAAGACUUGUUUGUCCCUUUUUUUAUUAUCAUUUUGAGU